CAUUAGACGAUGUAGUACUGAUUCAAAGUUGACUUUGAGACAAUGUUCUCUUCAUUAAAGGUGAAAAAUGGGAGAACUCGAGUUUAUUAUUUUUUGUAUUUAUUAACGACGAUGAUUGGAUUUAAAUUUAAUGAAGCUGCGAUGACAAUAAAACAACUCGAAAAAACGAUGGAAACCUUACGUAACACUUGUGUGCCUCAAUUUCCAUCUUUAGGAGCUGAUAUUCUCGAUGGCAUUCGUUCAGGAGGUUUUAUUGAAGGCAAUAAAGAUCUCAAGUGUUACAUCAAGUGCAUCGCUGAUAUGGCAGGAACAACUACAAAAAAAGGAGAUAUCGACGUGAAAAAAUCGACGAACCAAAUUGAAAGUUUAAUUCCAAAUGAGAUGCGAGAUCAUGCUCGAGGCGCCUUGAAUGCGUGCAAAGAUGUCAGUAAAGGAUAUAAAGAUCCAUGUGAAAAAGUCUUCUAUUCAGCAAAAUGCUCAUAUGACUUUGGACCAGAUAAAUUUAUGUUUCCCUAAAAGUUAACUUGAAAAAGGGGGAAAAGUGAGUGUCAAUUUGGAUUCAACUUCUUUUUGGAUUCUUUUUAAAAUAAAAAACUAAGUUUUUUUU